AUGUCCACCCCGGCCACCGGCACCGACGCCCCUGUCCCUAGCCAGGGCGACCCCCCUCCCAACACAACGCAGCUCUACAACGGAGGCCGCAAACUUUCAGAGCUCCCCAUCCAGCUAGUCGACCUCCCCGAGCGCCUUGACGGCUACUCCAACUACGACUCCUGGUCCUACCUAAUCGAAACGACUCUCGAAAGCGCCGACAUCCCCCAAAUCAUCCGGCCCUCUAUCCCUCGCCCAUCCCCCUCCGACCCAUCCUACCCCCUCUGGCGCCGCACCUCCCUCUUCGUCAAGAACUGGCUCGUCCGCCAAAUCAACCCGCACAUCCUCUCUCGCGUCCUCCGCACCGACACCAUCCAUGCAACCCUCUCCCCUCCCAUCCCUGACCCCCCCUCCAAUAACCCCCCAACCCCUACCCCUAACCCCCCGCCACCCCCGGAAACCAUCUUCGCAGACACAAUCUACACCCUAAUCUACCAAGUCGUCAUGAACCACCUCCCCGGCCACCAAGCCCUGCACUCCGAAACCGCCUACGCAAACUGCAUCUUCAUGACGCGGGACCCGCCCACGCAGACCCCUGCCGCCUUCAUCGCCGCGUUCCGCCACGCAGUCCACCUGACGAAUCGGUUGUGGUGUACCGUCACGCCGUACUGCGCUGCGUUGUUGUUGCUGCGCAGGGUGAGGGCGGACUUUGGGGAUGCGCUUGUGGAUGGGUUGGUGAGGGGAUUGGAUCAAUUGGGUGCGCCGAGGCGGUAUAUGUUUGUGGAGUUUGAUACGCUUUGUGAUUUUUUGAUACGCAGGGCGGAGGGUGAGGUUGGUGGUGGGGCUGAAGUUCAGGGACAGGGGCAGGGUGAGGUUGGUGGAGGAGGAGGAGGAGGAGGGGAUGGCGAUGGUGAAGUUGGUGUUGGGGUUGAAGCUCAGGGCGAGGAUAUGGCUGAGGUGAGUGGAAGAGGAAGAAGGGAUGGCGAUAGGGAUGGGGAUACUGAGGAAUGGAGAUGGGAACGAGGUUGA